AUGAACAGAAGGGUUAAUUUAUUUUCCUCCUCCUUUAUCUGCCUUUUCUUGCUGGCACAACAUCCAACAUGGGGUGCAGACGCUCCAGAUGGGGUCCCCAAACUUUUUAAUGACGAGCAUAAUGUGCCAAACUCGUUGAAGAAAAAAUUGCAAAAUUUAAAUGAAGUUGUGACAGAUGACGUGUCGGAAAAUUCUCAUGAAGAGGAUGAAUUGGAAAAACACGAAGAAGAGAAUGUAGAAGUGGAGGAGGAAAAGGAGGAGGAGCAGGAAGAGGAGCAGGAGGAGGAGCAGGAAGAGGAGCAGGAGGUGGAGCAGGAGGUGGAGCAGGAGGAGGAGCAGGAAGAGGAGCAGGGGGAGGAGCAUGGCCACACUUUGGAACACACGUUAGAGGAUCCCGGGGAGGGAAACGAAGGAAACGAAAAUGGCCCUCAGGAAGACAACCAUCUAAAGAAGGACGCGGACUUCAUGGGACAAUGGAGUAAAGUCAUAGCAAAUGCCGAGAAUGUUUCAGGUGACCAGGAUGAUGACGAUUCCGAAGAUGAUACGGAGGGGGAGUCGAAAGCAGACGCACCUUCUACAUCAGCUGUGGAAGGAAACAAUGCGCAGGUUUUGUCAUCAGAGCAAUCUACACCACGGUCAAAUCCAAGUGACUCAUCAGUACAAACAGAACAACAACGUGUCCAAGCAUCCACAGAUAGCCCAACAGAUCAAAGUGCUCAGGGAACCGCUCUGGCAUCGGGUUCAGAAAAUUCAAGAGAAAGUGAACCUCCAGCUGAAAGAUCAGACGCGAACCUUCCAGAACAACAGGCACAAAAUGAAGAAGUAAGAAAUGGACAACAAAGCGGCGCAUCUGCAGAUGCUGGAGCUCAGCGACCGGAAGGCCCAUCCGCAAGAGUAGCAGUCCAGACCACAACAACAGGAGAACGCACCUCUAACUCAAACGAUGUCAAAAUUAAGUACAUGGAUAAGCUGUAUGAUGAUAUUCUAAGUACCUCUGGCAAUACCAACGAGAUCCACAUACCACUUUAUCACAGCAAAUACAACACGAUAAGGAAGGAUUACGAGCUUAGCAUGAAACCUGUAGAAUACCAAAUUGUGAAGAAUUUAUUUAACGUCGGAUUUAAGAAAGAAGGAGAAUCUUCAGCUGCUAAUUCCCUGACGGAAGUUUUUAAAAAAGUCUUAGUAGAUGAAAAAUUUCAAGACGAAUUUAACAACUUUGUGCACGGGCUGUAUGGAUUUGCUAAGAGACACAACUACUUAGGUAAGGAACGGCUUGAGAACACAACAAGCGACUCCGAUCUGCUAAAGAACGCCUUCAGCUUGAUGAACACUCUUGAGGUGAAUUGA